GGGGGCGACAACGACUUCAUGGGAAGGAAGUAGAAAUCAUAUUUUUUUAUCUCUCUCUCCAAUUCUCUACUACUAGUCGCGCGAUUCAUCCGAAAUUUCCCAAUUCCUUAGUCAAGAACCCUAAUUUCAAUAUGGUUUGCGUUAUGUGUUUGGUGCCGCUGUUCCUCGUCCCGCUCGUCAAUUUAAUGCCUCGCAUCAUCGAUUUCUUCAUGGCGAAGUUGUACGCGUGGCUCGGAUGGGAGUACAGGAAGCCAGCGAGAGUCCCUCCAGCUUGUCCUUUCAAGCCUGUUGCUAAAAACGACAGCGCUACCAAAGUGGCUGCUGAAACUGGAACUGAAGGUACAAAAACAAUAGCUAAACCUGUCGUUGCAGAGGAGACGGGUGGGGUUAAGCAGGAUUGAUCCCGAGUCUUUUUUUUCAAUAAAGCUUUUGUAUUUGUGGAUAUGUUUUGGAUAAAAGAAGCUGGAAGAUGAUAUUACCAAUUGUGAUAUUUGUUGAAACUUUUUGGUAAUUUUCCCGUUAAAAAUGCUACGUAACAGGACUUUUUCUUAUAUGUUUACUUCUCUUUCUUUUA